ACGUCGGCGCGCGCCAAGCCCGGAAGAGGCGCGGGAGCGGAGCCGUGAGGUGACGGUGCCGCGUCUCGUCCCCAUGGCGCUGUGGCGCGGCUCCGCGUACGCGGGCUUCCUGGCGUUGGCGGUCGGCUGCGUCUUCCUGCUGGAGCCGCAGCUGCCCAGCUCGGCGCUGCGCUCGCUGUGGAGCUCGCUGCAGCUGGGGCCCGCGCUCCCGGGACCCGGCUCUCCCGAGCGCCGGUUGGCGGCCGCCUGGGACGCACUCAUCGUGCGGCCGGCCCGAGGCUGGCGCCGCGUGGCCGUGGGAGUCAAUGCAUGUGUGGAUGUAGUGCUCUCAGGGGUGAAGCUCUUGCAGGCGCUUGGCCUGAAUCCUGGGAAUGGGAAAGAUCACUCCAUCCUGCAUUCAAAGAAUGAUCUGGAAGAAGCCUUCGGUCACUUCCUGGGGAAGGGAGCAGCUGCUGAGCGCUUCUUCAGCGAUAAGGACGCUUUCAGUGACAUUGCCCAGAUUGCAUCCGAGUUCCCGGGAGCCCAGCACUAUGUAGGAGGAAAUGCAGCUUUAAUUGGACAGAAAUUUGCAGCCAACUCAGAUUUAAAGGUUCUUCUCUGCGGUCCAGUUGGUCCAAAACUGCAUGAACUUCUUGAUGACAAUGUAUUUGUUCCACCGGAGUCACUGCAGGAAGUGGAUGAGUUCCACCUCAUUUUAGAGUAUCAAGUAGAGGAGCAGUGGGGCCAGUUAAAAGCUCCCCAUGCCAACCGAUUCAUCUUCUCCCACGACCUCUCCAACGGGGCCAUGAAUAUGCUGGAGGUGUUUGUAUCUAGCCUCGAGGAGUUCCAGCCAGACCUGGUGGUCCUCUCUGGAUUGCACAUGAUGGAGGGACAAAGCAAGGAGCUCCAGAGGAAGAGACUCUUGGAGGUUGUGGCCUCCAUUUCUGACAUUCCCGCGGGUGUCCCAGUUCACCUGGAGCUGGCCAGCAUGACCAACAGGGAGCUCAUGAGCAGCGUCGUGCAUCAGGUGUUUCCCGUGGUGACUUCCCUCGGGCUGAAUGAGCAGGAGCUGCUGUUUCUCAGCCAGUCUGCGUCUGGACCUCACUCUUCUCUGUCUUCCUGGAACGGGGUUCCCGAUGUGGGCGUGGUCAGUGACAUCCUCUUCUGGAUCUUGAAGGAACAUGGGAAGAGUGAUAGCCGAGCCUCAGACCUCACCAGGAUCCAUUUCCACACGCUGGUCUACCACAUCCUGGCAACUGUGGACGGGCACUGGGCCAACCAGCUGGCGGCCGUGGCUGCGGGGGCGCGUGUGGCCGGGACGCAGGCGUGCGCCACGGAAACCAUAGACAGCAGCCGGGUGUCCCUGAAGGCGCCACGCGAGUUCCUGACUUCCCGUUUGGGAGCGGGCGCCAGGGUCACACUCAACCCCGACGAGCCCGUGGUCGCAUGGCACAGGGAGGGGGUGUCCUUCCACUUCACGCCCGUGCUGGUGUGCACAGACCCGGUCCGAACGGUGGGCCUGGGAGACGCCAUUUCCGCCGAAGGCCUCUUCUAUUCAGAAGUACACCCUCGGCAUUAGGAGGGCGUUUGUGGGGACGUUUUCUGAAGGUGGAGGACCAGCCGAUUUAAGAAUUGCAGGAAUUAAGUGGUUUGGAAAAGAGGACUGAGGGUGUUAAAACAGUUUCUCGAUCUAAUUGAAAGACAGCCAAAGAAACAACGGAUUAAACUAUCAGAUACAUUCCAGCCUUGUUGACAAUACGAAAAAAACAUUUCAGGUUUUAAUCAAAAUCUAGCUAGCUACUAAUGAGACUGGAUUUUCGGUGUUUAUGUUGUGUGUCAUCGGGUGAAAACCUGAUUGCCAAACCCCCGGUUUAUGCAGCACUGUCAAGUGCUCAGGCCAAACUUCACGGAGGGCAUGUCGGCGGGAGCAGCACUUCCCCUGCCGCUCCCCGUGUCUCGUGUCUCGUGCAGCCUCGUGGGAGCUGCUCCUGCUGGCUCCCCGCUCAGGGCGCGGUCGUGGUGUCCAUUCGGUGUUAUGGAA